GAGAAAUUAUGAGCGAGAGAGUGGGAGAAUCCAUUCACAUUUUGUUUUCUCUUGUGACUGCAGCAAUUUUGUGUGUUUAGUGUCGCCGUAAGAAUUUCUCAAGUACCCUUCUGCCCCCCACAGAAUCAGUGAGAAUCACCUGGCAAUGUAUACAGUGUCCAAAGGUCCGAGUAAAUUAGUAGCAAAAACACGAAGAGGUAUUCCGCAGAAUUAUGAAAAAUUUGAGACACACCGGGAUAUGUACAGAAAAACAGCUGAUCCUGACAAUACAGAGAUAAUCAGUUUACCCAAACCCGUCUUUCAGCCAACCAAAAAGUUCUCCAAUCACAUGAAAAAUGGCCAUCAAAUUGAAGAGACACUGAGUCCCCAACACGAAGAAAUCGUCAAAUACAUCCACGAGACGUGGAAUAUGGUGAUUGCACAAAAUCCGUAUGAUCCACCUUCAUCACCGGAAAGCACAACCUCAAGUCCAUCAUCGUCGUCGGCGUCUUCAGCGCCAACAACGGCAUCCCCCUCGAUAUAUUACACAGACGCCCCCAGUCCUGUUCUCAGGGACUUUAAGCCAUUUGACCUGGAGUCAUGGUGGGGUCGUCGACUGUACUACAAUAUCACCAAAAGUCUGUGAGGGAGUUGUCCACAUGGAGACAUCGUUUCAGCUUAGAAAAGGCCAUUUGGUAACGUCAGAAAAAAAAGUUAUUCAACUACAAGUCUAAGUUUAGUGAUAUUUUGAGACAAAGUUAAUUUGUUUUGAAAAACAAAAAUGGGAAAGUGAGAAGGAGCUGAGAAAGAGGUUAAAAAUUAACUGAAAGAUGCAUGAAGAAUAUUUUUGCAUAAAGAAAAUGGUGAUUUAACCGAUAAAAUUCUUAUAUUCUUCCGAAGCUUUUUGUCCAUUUAAUUCUCACCAAGAUUUCCUCAAUAAAUUAAAGAAAAGAAACAAGGCUGGACUUCAUUUCAAAAUUGUAAAAUUACCAAAAAAAAUUAUACAAUAUGUAAAAGCUUUUAUUAAGCUGAAUUAUUGCUAAAAUUAUUUGUAAAAAAAAGAAACUUCUUUUCUCCCUCUUAAAAAUUAACUACUUAUUAGAUUGAUAUUCAAUUUGUCAGCAAAUGCCCCUGGAAUGCUGUUGAUAUAUCAUCAAUAUAAUGUUAGAAAACUUGAUGAGAGAAAAGUCCAACUGCAAUAAAUUGUUUUCUACGUGAAAAAGAUAGUCCCUUUUUUUGCAAUUGUGCCCCAGAACAAUUGUAGUGAGUCAAUGCAUUAUAAGUUAGUGAAAUGAUUACACAAAAAAGUCAUAGAAAUUAUUUUAGCAAAGUAGAGAAUGAAAAAUGAUUUAGAGUUAUGAUUUGAUGAUUGAAAAUAUGAAAAAAAAGAAGAAAGAAAAGUCGUAUGAUGAGAAACUUUGAUAAUAAAAUUAAUCAUAAACCUAAAAAA